AUGGUACUCUUCCAGUGUAUUUCAGCUGCAGCAUGCUUCGCGACGUGCUUGGCUGCUCCGUUCAAAGGGCACCCAGCUAUUCUGGAGCGAAGACAACAGUUCGAUAAACGCCAAGAAGCAACGGGCUCUCCUCCAGACUUUGCGCUACUCGCCGUGCCUACAGAGACUCCAUAUGGACCUCCUGGAGCCAGUGGCUCACUGCGUGGGAGCGAGAGUCUAGUCGGAUACAACCCUUCCAAUCCCGUCGACAAGGACCUUCUGGCCACAGUUCCCAAAGACCAAUAUACCCUGACUCCUGCACAGUCAGAAGAUGCCGAUCUGGGACUUUAUCUAGACCUCUCCGACGUUGAGAACCCACAGCCGAUUCGAGGUGGUACGGAUGCCCCGACAGACCCAGGUCCAAGGAAUAGAGAGUUGGAGAAACAGAACAGCGAUGUGUACAUUCCUCCUGGGACUGAUUCUGGCGACGUUUCGAAUGCGAAGUGGCCUCUGGGUACGUGAUGAUCACUAUGUUUGACAAGAACAGCGCUGAACCUGCGUCGUAGCACUUUCUCACAACCGUCAUGGAUUGAACUCUGCCGGAUGGGCACGUCAGCAGAGCGUCCGCGAGCUGCCGAUCGCCACCGCGAUGGCGGGCGUGGACAUGUAUCUGGGUCCGAACGCGUAUCGUGAACUCCACUGGCACCAGGAAGGAGAAUGGAGCAUGGUACUCAAUGGUACUGUGAGAUUGGCGUCCAUGAACGAAGCUGGCGAGACAUUCAUCGACGACCUCCAAGCUGGAGACGUCUGGUUCUUCCCUCCCGGCGUGCCUCACAGUAUCCAAGCCUUUGAAGAUGGCGUCGAGUUCUUGCUCAUCUUCGACAAUGGAGAUUUCAGCGAGGACAAUACCUUCCUGGUCUCGGAGCUGUUUGAACGGAACCCCAAGAGUGUCCUUGCCAAAGACCUUCGCGUCGACACGAGCGCUUUCGAUAAAAUUCCCGACGGACAGUUGUACAUCUUCAACGGCACCCCAGCUCCAUCCAAUAUCUCGGAGCAAAACGUGACGGGGCCCGCGGGUCCGAUUCCGCAGCACAACUCGUACUCUUACCACUUUAGCCAGCAGAAGCCGUACGAAGUUCCCGGCGGUAGCGUCAAGAUUCUGGACACGACCACCUUCCCGAUUGCCAGCGACUUUGCCGUCGCUCUGUUCACCAUCAAGCCGGGCGCCAUGCGAGAACUCCACUGGCACACCACCUCUGACGAAUGGGACUACAUCAUCUCCGGACAGGGCCGCCUGACCGUCUACCAAGCGCCCACGUCCAGUCGGACAUUUGAUUUCCAGGCCGGGUAAGCAUCUCCUGUUCCCGCUCACCAGCACGCAUUGCCCUCGUCGUCGUCGUCGUCGUUAAUCAGAGAGAUACAUACAGUGACACCGGCUACGUUCCCGUCGUGACAGCCCACUACCUCGAAAACACCGGCACCGAAGACCUCGUCUAUCUCGGUAAGCUUUUAUCAUCAUUUUCCCCCUAACACCCCCACAGGUUUCCCCCCGAACUAAGACGUAACCGCAGAGGUCCUGCAAGCUCCUACCUACAACGACAUCUCCGUCGCGCAAUGGCUAGGCCUCACGCCCAAGCAGGUCGUCAAGGACCAUCUGGGUUUCUCCGACGAUACGCUGAGCCGCUUGCCGCAUAUUAAACCUUUCAUCCUGCCCGGUGACACGAAUUUGACGCAGACGAAUUUCACGUCGACGGUCGAGUAG